AUGCCCGCACACUUGGGCCACGAGGAGUUCUUCACCUCCCUCACCAACCUCCUAAACACCACAUCCCAGAAAACUCGCGGAUCCGUGUAUCUCACGCAGAAGCCCCUCCUCAACACCAACAACACCACCACCGAGUCUGCGUCGCAACCAUCCAUCCUCAUCCGCGCGACAGACGGCAACACCAACGCCCCGAACCUCAAGACGGCCGAGGCCAAGAAGAAGGUAUCGAAGACGGGAUCGGCAGCAUCGAAAGUGAAGAUCUCGACGGUGGUGAGCCCGGAUGAUUUGGAGGCGUUCUAUGCGAGAUUAACUACUUCGCUAGAAUACAGGGGAUCAAAUUAUGGUGCUUGUCCGGGGUGA